AAUUUGAUUAUUUUUUUGGUUUCUUCUCCCAAACAGUAACGGAAACGGUGUGGCUCCGCAACACAGAAACAGUUAUUAAAACACGGCAAACGCGCCCGUAUCAGUCGUGGCUGUUUUUAGUUUUGCUAUAUAUUUUUUUUUAAUAUAAUGUCCUGUUUCUGAGGCGGAAAGGGGGAGGUGCAGCGCCUGCUUUAGCUGAGGUGCUAUUUAUCGAAACACGGGUGCGUGUUUUUGCAGCCGCUCGUUGAAAGACAUUUCUUUUGCAGGUCUGUAAUUGCGAGACUAGCCCGAGUCGUGCUCUGCGCGUUUUAAAUGCACAGCCCGUCCGCGACCAACGCCUCUUCCGCUCCGGGUCUGGGCUUUAUUAUUUCGGAGUGAACUGCGGUUGUUCGCUGCUGUGCGUUUUGCUUCCCCUCGUAUAUUUUUAAUAAUAAACACACACAGAGAGAGGAUGGGCUGCACGCUGAGCGUCGAGGACAAGGCGGCGGCGGAGAGGAGUAAAAUGAUCGACAGGAAUCUGAGAGAAGACGGAGAGAAAGCGUCCCGAGAGGUGAAACUUUUGUUGCUGGGUGCUGGAGAGUCUGGGAAAAGUACCAUCGUGAAGCAGAUGAAAAUUAUUCAUGAAGAUGGAUAUUCAGAGGAGGAAUGUAAGCAGUACAAAGUAGUUGUAUACAGCAACACAAUCCAGUCUAUUAUUGCAAUAAUCAGAGCCAUGGGAAGGCUGAAGGUAGACUUCGGAGACCCGACACGAGCGGACGAUGCCCGGCAGUUGUUUGCGCUGGCAGGCACUGCUGAGGAAGGGGUUAUGAGUGCUGAACUGGCUGGUGUAAUAAAGAGGCUAUGGCAGGAUGAGGGAGUCCAGGCCUGUUUUAACAGAUCCAGAGAAUACCAGCUCAACGACUCUGCAUCUUAUUAUCUCAAUGACUUGGACAGAAUAUCCGAAACCAGUUACAUCCCAACCCAGCAAGAUGUGCUCCGAACCAGGGUGAAGACCACAGGCAUAGUUGAGACUCACUUCACUUUCAAGGACCUGUACUUCAAGAUGUUUGACGUUGGUGGGCAGCGGUCCGAGCGGAAGAAGUGGAUCCAUUGCUUUGAAGGCGUCACGGCCAUUAUAUUCUGCGUGGCACUCAGUGACUACGACCUUGUUCUUGCAGAGGAUGAAGAAAUGAAUCGCAUGCACGAGAGCAUGAAGCUGUUUGACAGCAUCUGCAAUAACAAGUGGUUUACAGAUACGUCAAUAAUCCUCUUUCUAAACAAGAAGGACCUCUUUGAGGAGAAGAUCACGAGAAGCUCCCUUACUAUCUGCUACCCCGAAUAUGCAGGUUCCAGCACUUAUGAAGAAGCGGCUGCAUAUAUCCAGUGCCAGUUUGAAGACCUCAACAGGCGAAAGGACACGAAGGAGAUCUACACUCAUUUCACCUGCGCCACAGACACAAAAAACGUGCAGUUUGUGUUUGAUGCCGUGACUGACGUCAUCAUCAAAAACAACUUGAAAGAAUGUGGACUUUACUGAGCGUUUUCAAAGAACUUGCAGGUCGUUCUUUUAGAGUGACUCCUGAUCACAGGCUGCAGAUCUGUUCCUGUCUGAACUGAUUGGUGGCAGGUUUGUAGAAAAGGACCAAAUGGAAAGUGUUGCUGUGCUGCAUGCAGCAUCCUUGUAUUCUUCAGCGCCGAAUCUGCAUUCUGAAUUGUGUUUUUUUUUUAUUAUUUGGGAAAACUGUAAUUGAUGCUGUUAAGCAGACAAGAUGAAACUCUUGUAAAUAAUGUAAACUCGCUCUGAAAUUCAGCAGUGAUUUGCUAAUCCUUUUUUCUCGGAGGACUGGGGGGGUGAACGAGACACAGUGCCACAUAUAAACAGUUUAGCAGCAUGAUUAGCGAAGCGACGGGAAUUUUAAAACCUGGUUAUCGAGUCACCAUCGUCUUUUUAGAAGCUUUAAUUUAGUAGAUGUCCUAAUUGAUCCAGGUUUAGAUUUAAGGUCUUCUCUGCCAAGUUUAAUAUCUCUCUCCCUGGGUAAGCACUUUUUACUAUGCACACUUACCGAGAUGUGUUAAGUUUUAUUAUGCUGUAACAGGGGGCAUGCUGUUACCUUGUGCUGCUGCUUUCAACAAGGCUCGUUACAAAUGGACAUCAUGAAGAAGGAUGUUUUAUGUUGCCAGAGCUGUUCAGUAAGAAAAUAAGGGGACCACAAUUGUGUAGCCAUAAUUUGUAAGAACUGUACACAUUUCUAUUAAAAAAUGCGGGACUAGGUGACGUUUUAUUGUAAAGGUAUUCAUGCAAUGAGGCACCCUUCAGAUGUUGCUGUAACGAUGUGAUUGUAUUACAGUUUGAUGCAGUACGUGUCUUUCUAAGAUAUUGUUUGAUAUGUUUUUUUUCUCUCCUGUGAGAUGCUUUCCUCUUGGUCUAAGGGAUUUGCAUGGGAAUGAAGGGAAUAAAAAAAGGAUUGAGUAUUCACAAACUGCAAUUAAUGAAUCAUUUCAUUUUAACUUGCUUUUAACAGUUGUGUUCUUCACAGGACAGUGAAGCCAGUACUGUCAGUGCGGUCGUCUUGUAUCUGCCAGCAGUGUGAAGACAGUGUAGUGUUAUAAAACUUGCACUGCAGUAUAAGGGAUGUAUAUUCAGUCACAUUAAAUGAUUAAUAUAUGCAGUUGUUGUUUUUUGACAUGCAUAAUCUUUUCUCAUUCAGGUGUAACAGUGGGGUUUUCAUCCCCUCCCUGCCUCCAGCUUUAUUUUAUCUUGUUAUUAGAUAAUUUCAGCACAGACUGAUUUGUAAUGAAAAGUAAUCAGAAGUCCAUAUUGGCUUUUUUUAAUAUAUAAUCUUACAUUUUGUAACAAGUGUUUUACAUUCUCCUGCCCCUCUGUGCUUCUACAGCAUGCCUUCACCUUGUGGAAUGUGCUGCCAAAUAACUGAUGCCAUUGUUAUGAACUAACGUUCGCCACUUUAAUUUCUUUUUGUGUGCAUUCCUUUGAAUUUGAAUACAUGUGGUAUUCUGCCUAUGACAAUUUGUACAGGCUUUGUGUUAAUCUUGGCAAUAUUAAAUGGCGAUGACGGGC